CCUCUCUUUCCUCCUCGACGCCCACCGUUGCCUGGGGCCGUCACAACCACAGUAUGCUAAGAGCCAUUGCUGGCCGUCUGACGCGACGGCCAUGGAGAUUCGUCUUUCCAGGCAUCCUGUUCUUCCUGUUCUUCUACUCGCUGUCGCACCGCACAGGGUCGCGCUCACAGGGGCCCGCCCGUAAGGCCAAGACCAAGUCGUUUUUCCCGCCUCUGGAGACCAAGGCUGCCAAUUCCAUUGAGCUCGACUACUGCAAAAACUUCCCGACGAAGCUGCUCGAAGAGGUACAGGUUGUACUCAAGGUUGCAUCCGACGGCGCACACGAAACCAAGGCACAUCUCAACACGGUAUCGAGCUGCAUCACCAACCUGAUCAUAGUCGGCGAUAGGGAGGAGCGGUUAGGCGACCGGCAGGUCAUCGAUAUUCUGGCAGAGCUGCCCAAGAGCUAUCAGAAGGACAAUCUCGACUUCCAGGUCUAUGUCGACCAGAAGAAGGCACACGAGGGAGGCGAGACGGUCAAGGGACAGCAGAGGUCGUUCAAGCUUGAUCGCUUCAAGUACCUGCCCAUGGUGGACAAGGCCUACAUCUCCAACCCAACGGCCAAGUGGUUCGUCUUUGUGGAGUCGGACGUCUACUUCUUCUGGGACACGCUCUUCCGGCUGCUGAGCCAGCUGGACCCUUCGGAGCCCCAUUACAUGGGCGAGCCACACAAGGGCUCUGAAGGCCGGCAAUUCGCCUAUGGCGGUGCAGGCAUCGUCCUCUCGCAGGGUCUUGUGAAGAAGCUUAUUCCCGGCAAGACGGCUGGUUCGACUGAGAUUCCACGUGAGAACCGCCUUGCCGUGCGGUACGAGAGCUGGGUCAAGGAAGAGCAGCGUGGCGACGCUGUCCUUGCCUAUGCGAUCCAGAACGCCACAGGACACAAGCUGGCGAACAUGCACCCCACCUUUGCAAGCGACAAGGUCAAGGACGUCACAACUACCAAGGAGAGGUGGUGCGUGCCCAUGCUUUCGCUACAUCAAGUCAAGCCCCAGCAAAUGGAGGAUCUCUGGAAGUGGGAGAGGACGCGACCAUACAACAAUCAUCCUUUUACCUACUCGUCGUUCCUUUCAUACACACACUCGUUCCUCUCACAAGGCCCAAGCCGCGAAUGGUGGGACAACCUCUCCACGGCCCCUGUGCCCAAUGACCGCCCCGCACACCAUAACGCCGGCUCGUGUGGUUCCGAAUGCGCUGCCGACAAUAACUGCCUGCAGUGGUCGUAUUCCCAGACUGUCUGUCGCCACGCAGAUUAUAUCAAGUUGGGAGACGCUGUUGACCGAGAAAAUGGUGGUCAGGGUGAGUUUGUCAGCGGUUGGGAUACUGCAAAGCUGCGCACAAUGGGAUUUGGAGUCGAGGCAGAAAACGGGCAAAGAGAGUUUUAUGCGGGUUGCGUGGAAGCUACCUGGAUCACUCCGCAGGCGGGGUAGAAUGUGCGACGAAAGCAUAUCUGAGGCAGACAUGUCACUCGAGCCUUGUAUAGGGAGGCGUUGCGGUUGCUUGUCACAACGUUCAUGCACGGCGUUUUAGGUUGGGCGCAUCAUUCGGGAGGCGGGAGCAUCAGGAGAAGCGCGCUGACGGAAGGGGGGACAUGGCACGGGAUUGGAAUAAGCACGGCAAGCGGGAAGUCGUUUGGACGACAUGGAGAUUGGCAUGGCGACGGUGUUGAAUAUUCAACGCACAUAGCUUGAGCAUAUUUGGCUUGGCGCAAUCUUGAGAUGUGCACUUUGUUGUAAU